CCAAUCCAACACUCACCUGCUCCUCCUCUCUCUCUCUCUCUCUCUCUCUCUCUCUAAAAUAUCAAGCAGGAGAGAGAGAGAAAGACAACAAUGAGAGCUUCAUGAAACCCACUUUCCCACCAUCAUAAAACCCCCAAAGAACAAAACACACUUUCCCUCGAGCCAAGAAAAUGAAGCCCCACCCUCUCCUCCUCCUCACCACCAUUGCCCUCUCUCUCCUCCUCCUCCCCGACGCCGUCAAGCCCGACCUCUCCGCCGACCUCUCCUCCCUCCUCACCCUCCGCUCCGCCGUCGGCGGCCGCACCAGCCACUGGAACCUCUCCUCCCCCUCCGCCCCCUGCUCCUUCUUCGGCGUAGUCUGCUCCACCUCCUCCCCCCAACGCGUCACCGAGAUCCACCUCCCCGGCGCCACCCUCUCCGGCCAAAUCCCGCCAGACACCUUCCAGAACCUAACCUUGCUCCACACCCUCUCCCUCCGCUUCAACCGCCUCUCCGGCCCCCUCCCCGUCUCUCUCUUCUCUCUCCCCUCCCUCCGCUCCCUCUACCUCCAACAGAACCACUUCUCUGGCCCUAUCCCCGACUCCCUCUCCAACCUCACCGGCUUGGUCCGCCUCAACCUCGCCGGUAACAACUUCUCCGGCCAGAUCCCCCCGUCCCUCAACAACCUCACUCGCUUGGCCACAUUAUACUUACAGUACAAUAACUUCAGUGGAUCUAUCCCUGAUUUAAGCAACGUACGUGGCUUAGUUCAGUUCAAUGUGUCUCACAAUGACUUGAUUGGUGCGGUGCCAGGGUCUCUGUCCAGUCAGCCCGCGAGCGCGUUCGCCGGCAACUCCCUAUGCGGCGGGCCGCUCGCGGCUUGUAGUGGAAGUCCUCCAACCGACGGUGCUAUUGCCGGGGUUGUUGAGAGUAAGAAGAGGAGAAAACUCUCCAGGGGCGCGAUUGCGGGAAUCGUGGUCGGAUCGGCGAUUGGAUUACUUGUCAUUCUCGCGAUUUUGUUGUUGUUGUGCAGGAAAAAGAGGAAUACUGAGAAAUUAGAUUCGAAAGAGGUCGAUGCGUUGAAUCGAACGGAAAUUGCUAUUUUAGGAGAGAAGUCAGCUGGGGAUGUGAAUAAUGUGAAUAGUUUGACUGGCAAUGGGUAUGGUGCGAAGAAGGGUGAUGAUGAUGUCAAUGGGAAUGCUAGUGGGAAUGUGAGUGUGAGUAAAGGUUUGGUGUGUUUUGGGAAAACUGGGAGGGAAUUCAGCUUGGACGAUUUGCUGAAGGCGUCGGCGGAGGUUUUGGGGAAGGGGACGUUUGGGACGGCGUAUAAAGCGGGUUUGGAAGGAGGGAUGGUGGUGGCGGUGAAGAGGUUGAGGGAUGUGGCGGUGCCGGAGAAGGAGUUUAGGGAGAAGAUUGAGUUUGUUGGGAGGAUGGAGCAUGAGAAUCUGGUGCCACUUAGGGCUUAUUACUAUAGCAGGGAUGAGAAGCUUCUUGUGUAUGAUUACAUGCCUAUGGGGAGCUUGUCUGCAUAUCUACAUGGAAACAGAGGAGCUGGUAGAACGCCAUUGAACUGGGAAACAAGGUCCUCCAUUGCCCUAGGAUCCGCCCGCGGAAUCACACACCUCCACUCACAGGACCCCACAGUCUCCCACGGCAACAUCAAGUCAUCAAACAUCCUCCUCACAACCUCCCACCAACCCCGUGUCUCCGACUUUGGCCUCUCCCAACUCGCCGGACCCAACUCCACCCCCAACCGCAUUGAUGGCUACCGUGCACCAGAAGUCACCGACCCCCGAAAAAUCUCCCAAAAGGCCGACGUCUACAGUUUUGGCGUAAUGCUUUUGGAACUUCUUACCGGUAAAGCUCCUACACACAAUGAGGAGGGGGUGGACUUGCCGAGAUGGGUCCAGUCUGUGGUUCGGGAAGAGUGGACUUCUGAAGUGUUUGACAUGGAAUUGCUUAGGUAUAACAAUGUUGAAGAGGAGAUGGUUCAGCUUUUGCAAUUGGCCAUUGACUGUGUUGCUCAGUACCCAGAUAGACGCCCUUCGAUGGGCGAGGUGAGUAGCCGAAUCGAGGAUAUUUGUCGAUAUAGCCUGAAUCAGCAACAGAACCCAUUUGGCGACGUGAUCAACGGUGGUGGUGAUGAUUCGGAUGCACUGUGAUCUUCAAGCUGCAGAGCUAAAGAAAACAUUUUGUGUUUUCGUUUCUUGUUGUAACUUUGGGUUUAAGGUACUUAAUUUGCUCCUUGAUUUGGGGGUUUGAUUCGUUUCUAAUUUUCUGGGGUCAUUUUGUCAUUGAGAAUCAAUUGUGGCAUGUUUUCAUUUUGCAUUUACCGGAUACAAAUCAUGUACUAUUCCAUUGUAUUUUCCCAGUUUGUGUAUUUGUGUUGGUAGGAAUUUUUUCUUUCUUUCUGAUACUGCUAUUCUGUCUUGGUGGAUCAACUGUGAAUAAUUGCCAACAUUUGUCA